AUGGAUUCCAACGUCAAUGCCGCCAUCGAGAUGCUAAAGUCUUGCCGACAAGUCUUCGAUGCCGAGCACCAACACCUUUCUCCCGGACAACGCGAGAAGGGCUGGUCCCGGCAUUGGAGUGCCAUCCAGGCGGCGAUGGCGAAUUCGGGGACGAUGCCUCCACUUGGUUCUUCGGUUCCCCAAAAACGAAAUGCGUCCACCAUGGGGGUCGUUGGUAAGGAGCCCGCUUCUAAACGCGCUGGCGGUCCUGCUUCCCUGGCGUCGUCUGCGCCGACCGCCCCCUGUCUCGAGCGACAUUCAUCAACCCGGAGUCAGUCUGGACCGGUCUCGCCAAUUGUUCAGACCACGGCCACAACAGCACCAGUGGUUGUCCCACGACACUCGAGCGGACAACGACGGACAUCUAACGCUGGAUCCUAUCCUAAUCGGUACCAAGGAACCAACCUCAACUACAUCCAAGAGGUACAAGACUUGUCACCUACCGACUUCCUCGCCAGCCAUGGCGAACUCUCCAUGACACCGCCCAUGAACAUGGAGCGUGGUGAGUCGUCAAACUACCUCUCUACACUCACAUCACCGUAUUUUUCCGCAAUAGAGUCGCCGGCGGGUUACACCCCGGUGACUAGUACUAGUGACGCAGGUCUCACGGCCGCGUCUACGAUCUUGUCCGAGCCUAUGACUCGGGCAAACACAAAUGAUGUUCUUUGCGAACCGUUUGGCAUGUUUCGCAUGGACUCAAUGUCCAUGUCGCAACUGCCCCAGACGGUCGACAUGCUUGACAUGUCUCAAGCGCAUGAUGUUCUUGAUUCUCAGUUAUUUUCCUUUUCUUCUGUUGUUGGAACCGGCCACGGUUACAACAACCCUGCUUGUUUGUCUUUUGUGGAUGAUGACAGCUUUCCGUCAUCAUCAUUGUCUUCCUGUUCUUCGUCGUCUUCUUCAAGUUACGAGAUGAAGAAUUCUCUCUCAAGCGGGAGCAAUGCUUCAUCUCUUUCAGUUUCUUCUCGUCAGUCUCAUCAUGGCCGUGACCGCUCGCAAACUCAGAAACAGGCUGCAGUUCACGGUCAGGGGGGAAAUGCCCCUGGCUCAUGUUCUCUAAACGAGGUCUCGAUUUGCGUGUCCAGACCGAUCGCGCCGAAGAUGCAGCGCACCGUCAACGCGUCGAGGUCCAGCUUCGACGACAUGCCCGUGCCCAAGAUCGUCGCCGUCAAGGGCGAAGACGGCACGGUCAAGCACAAGGCGGCCAUUGCGCGCGCCACCCGCCAACCCCCGCUGCGCAAGACGACCUUUUGCCAGUUCUGCAGCGACCAGCCCCAGGGCUUUCACGGCGACCACGAACUGCGCAGACACAUCGACCGACACCACGCCUCGCUGCGCCGUGUCUGGAUCUGCAAGGACGCCUCCGCCAGCGGCACGUUCCUCUCGAACUGCAAGGCAUGCCGCAACGGCAAGACAUACGGCGCCAACUACAACGCCGCCGCGCACUUGCGCCGCGCCCACUUCAACCCCUGCAAGACCCGACGCGGUGGCAGAAGCAAGAAGUCCGAGAACCGCGGGGGAAUGGGCGGGGGCAACUACCCGUCCAUGGAAUUCCUCAAGAACUGGAUGUACGAAGAGCUCGAGAUGAACUUGAACGGGCGCGUUGUCGUGCAGAACAUUGUCCCCGACACUAUCUUCGAAACGGCGACUGUCAACGAAAUGGCCAACGCCACCGGUGGGACUGUUGUUGUUGAUGACUAUGCUGCAGCAGCUACUGCAGCUUCCGCCGCAAACAACAUGCAGACUCCUAACAUGGCCAUGGCCAUGACCCCUGCUCCCUUCGACCUUAUGACCGAACCUCUCUACUUUGACAACGUGCUGCCACCUGCGCCGCCGGCGUAUGCGAUGCCGAGUAAUGGUUACUUCGGCGUCCCAGAGAGCCAGACGCCCUUGCAGUAUUGA